UUAUGGUAUAGCUGGUGGGAGCAAUACAACCGGCGAUGAACAAAAGAAGCUUGAUGUUCUGGCCAACGAUCUCUUCAUCAACAUGCUUAAGUCGACCUUUGCAACGUGUGCUUUGAUCUCAGAGGAAAAUGAAAAGUGUAUUGUCGUUGAGGCAGAGAAAAAGGGGAAAUACAUCAUCAGUUUCGACCCGCUUGACGGAUCAUCAAAUAUUGAUUGUCUCGUAUCGAUUGGUUCUAUUUUUGGCAUUUGGAAACAGACCAAAGAAGGUCCUGUAACAGAUGAAAACAUCUUACAGCCAGGCAGAGCCAUGGUUGCUGCUGGGUACGCCCUCUAUGGUAGCGCUACAAUGAUCGUCCUCAGCUCAGGCAAUGGUGUCAAUGGAUUUAUGCUUGAUCCGGUGAGUUUAGUCUUUGAGCGGAU